AUGGAUCUUCAAUCACUCGCAAAUUUGUUCGCGACAACUUACAAUCCUGAUCCUAAUGUACAGAAGACCGGCGAGCUCCAAAUACGCAAGAUCGGCGCACAGGAGGGCAUGCUUACUGCCCUUCUGCAGAUCAUCGCAUCUGAGGGCGUUGAAUUAGCCACUCGUCAGGCUUGUAGUGUUUACCUCAAGAAUCGCGUCCAUACUUCCUAUAUCCUUCCAUCAAAUCCGCGCCCGGACCACGUUCCAAUUGCUCAGUCAGACCGCGAUGCACUAAAAGCUAACAUUCUUCCCCUUCUUUCUGCCAGUCCAAGCCGCUCCGUCACCGUCCAGGUCGCAGCGACUCUCAAAGACCUUGUGGCGCAUGACUUCCCCGAUCGCUGGCCAUCUCUUUUGGAUGACGUAAAAAGGCUCUUGGGAAGCGGAGAUGUGAGAGAAGUAGGAGCUGGUGUCGUAGCCGCACUUGAGUGCGUCAGAGCGUUCAGAUUCCGCCAAAAAGCUGACGUCCUGCCAGGCGUUAUCGCCAGCCUUUUUCCUACACUCGUCACCAUCGCUGAUGGCAUGCUCAAUACAUCCCCGUCCCAACCCGCAUCCCAGGAGAUCCCUGCCAUGCUGCACCUCAUUCUCAAGACGUACAAAACUGCAAUCAUCGUCAACCUUUCUCCACACCAGCAGAGCCCUGAAUCACUCGUCCCCUGGGGAAGACUCUUGUUUCGCGUCGUGGAGAUGAUUGUCCCUGUGGAAGGCGUUCCAACCGACGAGGAAGAUCGGGAGAGAUGUGAAUGGUGGAAGGCCAAGAAGUGGGCGUAUGGAAUCCUCGGUCGACUGUUCCACCGCUUCGGUAAUCCCUCUCAACUCCCAUCACCAAUGCAGAAGGAGUAUGGCGUAUUUGCACAGCAUUUCGUGACUACCUUCGCUCCGGAAAUUUUCAAAGUGUACCUUCACCAAGUCGAGCUAUACGUUUCGGGGCAGUCGUGGCUGGGCAAGAAAUGUCAAUACCAAAUCUUCCAGUUUUUCACAGAAUGGCUCGUAUCCACCCUCGAUUCCUCGGAUUAUGCUGACGCGUUUACCUACAGUAUCAAGCCGAAGUCGACGUGGAUACUCCUGAAGCCCCAUGUCGACAGCCUCGUGGCUAACUUUGCAUUCCCCCAGCUCGCUUUCAACGCGUCCAAACAAGCUAUGUGGGAGGCAGAUCCCGUAGAAUACGUCCGUGCUAGUGUUGACGAGUACGAGAACUUCUCGUCCCCCGUGAGUGGCGCCACCUCGUUCCUCCUCUCCCUCGCAAGCAACCGCACAAAAACGUCCUUCCUCCCGAUGCUCCAGUUCAUCAACACUGUAUUGCGCUCAAAUCCAACACCAGCUCAGCGCUUCGGCGCCCUUACAAUGAUGUCUGUCCUCGGCCCCUUCAUCGUCCGCCAUCCCGAUGUCAAGGGAAGCAUCGAGCAGUUCAUGGUACAGUACGUCCUGCCCGAGUUUACCUCGCAGGAGCCGUACUUACGGAGUGUCGCAUGUGAGGUGCUUGGCGUAGUGACCAAGGCUGGUAUCACAUGGGUUUCUGAAGAGAACUUGAACAACCACUCCCGUGCUGUGGCGUUGUCUCUGGAUGAUUGCGAACUCCCAGUACGUGUGCAAGCUGCGCUGGCCAUCACCGAGCUGGUUGUCAUCCACGACUCUGUCAGAGAUGCUGUCUCUCCCCAAGUAGGCAAGGUCGUGCAAGAUCUUCUCAAGCUCUCCGAUGAGACGGACCUCGAUAUCCUCAAUCACAGCAUGGAAGCUAUGGUUGACCGGUUCCAAAACGAGCUCAUGCCCGUGGCUUCGCAGCUCACCGCACGCCUGUGCGAAUCCUACUUACGCCUUGCAAGAGAGGGUCUGGCACAGCAGAACGAAGCGAUCCCGGACAGCAUCGACGUGGAAUCACUCGUUUCGGAUGCCGAUGACGAUAAAGUAUACGGCGCUAUGGGAGUCGCCAAAACUAUCGGGACUGUUGUUUCGUGCAUUGACUCGUCGCCCGAGAUUCUGUCGCAGGUGCAGGAAGUGAUUAUACCCAUCAUCCGGUUCACCCUUGAGAAUAAGUUGAUCGAUUUGUUUGAUAAUAUGUAUG